UCGCUAGAGCAAGAAAGCGUUGUGACAAAACUCGACGACAUGACCUUUGCCGCCAAUCUCUCCCCAAGCUUCUGCAUAGGCGCAGUCCCCAACGGAGGCUACGUCGCCACAAUCUUUCUCCGCGUAGCAAAGGAAUACCUCGCCCCCAGAAAUCAGCCAGACACAAUCAGCGCUCAUUGGGAAUUCCUCAACCGCACAAUCUCCGGCCCAGCUAUCCUCACCGUCGAAGAGGCCAAGCCAGGCCGAUCCAUCACCGUCCUGCACGUCUCCCUUUACCAGGGCAAUCUCCUAUCCCAAGCACCAUGGAUCACAACAGGAGAAGGCAAGCAAAAGUCGGAAAAGGUCGUUGCCGCGUAUCUCACCAACAGGAGCAUCGCUGCAGAAAAGGGCAUCAGUUAUGCCACGGGAUGGUCUCUCCAGCCAAGUUCUCCUCCGCCAGCAGACUUUUCGAAACUCCUCGCAAAUCAGGAUCCUCAAUGGGGACCCCUCGAUCUGUUGAUUCAGCGAAGAGUUACCGCCAUUCAACAGCUUCGGUUCUUCUAUAACCGCAAAGCGUUUGCUAAUUCAGAGGGCGCCUCUUCAUUUGAUCUUUGGAUGUGCAACGCCAACGGCGAGCCCUUUACAGCUCCGGCUCUGGGGUUCGUGAUUGACAGCACGGCGGCCUUCAUCACAGAAAUGCAUCGACCUCGAACAAAAGAUGAUCCUCCGGCUGCGGGAGGUGCUCUCACGCGCAAGACGGGCUUGUGGUAUCCCACGCUGGCGAUGAAUUUGGAGGUAAAGAAGGCGUUUCCGGAAGGGGGCGAGCAGUGGUUGUUUGUACGGACCUCGUCUAAGCAGGUGCUCAAUGGCAGGUUUGAUGUCGAGGUGAUUGUGCUUGAUAGGGCGGGCGACUUGGUUGCUUUGAGUCAUCACGUUGCCAUGAUUGUGAGUUCUGAGAGGAACACG